ACGAAACGAAACGAUUCAACAUCAAACAGACAUUUUUUAGUUGUACGCUAGGAAGCUCAUUCUGGAAAUAGCUCGGUGUAUUUUGUCAUUAGCAAGUAUAAUUGAUUUGUUUUGUAGUGAAGCGAACGACGGAACAAAGCAAAAGAUACGCAAGCAACUUGACUUGCCUAAAAUCAACCUGUUAAAAAAAAAAAUCACUGUGGAAAACAACUGCAGUGCAAAAAUGGCGAGGGGGGUGAAAAUGAUUUGCGCAUUGGUCACUAUAUUUGCAAUUUUAUUACUUACACAAAAUUUCGGCGGCAGCGAAACAAAGAGCGCUUUGAACAACAAUCGAAAAUCUGGUAGUGGACGCACACCUAGUAGUGCAGGAAAUGUGACCAAACCGAGCUAUCCGACAAAAAGUGGCAGCAGUGCAGGUAACUCGCACACAGAUGUACCCAAAUUGAGAUGCCCAGGGUAUAAUUCGCAACCAAAUCGCCCAGAUUUGGCUCCAGGAGGUUGCGCAACCAAUACUCAACACAUAGGAUGGAAUGUGCCGAAAUCGCAAGGACCUCCAGCUCCCGCAACCAACGUGUAUUCAUCGCCUGCACAUAUGCCAGGUGGUUACUCUCCUUCGGCUGUAGUACCACCUAGUGCUGCACUUCCUCAAGGUUCUGUACCCAAUCCGCAACCGCCACAACAAACUUCGACAAAAUCAGGAUUUGAUACUGGUUCGGUUACUGGCGCAAUUGGUGAAGCAAUCCUUGAACGCGUGCUUAGGCCAAUACAUACGCGUGUCGUAUCAGCACAACCUGCCGCCGCUAAACCAUCUGGCAGCAACGAUGGCAAAAUCAUCAUUAUAAAUAAUGGUCCACCCGGUUCAGUGACUACAACAAAUGCUAACCGUGGCACCGUCAUCACAACAGGUGUCGUUGGCGAAAACGUCACAAAACCCAUGCCUGGCCAAUUACCCGCCGUUGCACCAGCUGGCCCCGCGGUAUCCAAUGUACCGCUUGCACCCGUGGGUAAAAAUAUCGCAGCACAACCAACACCAGCACCAGGUGCUGCACCCGCAGAAGAUGCUGCUGCUGCCGCUCCACAACCCGCUCCCGAACAGCCAGUGCGCAUAAAUGAAACCGAUCCAAACGAUAACACCAAGAUGGUUGAAGUCGAGAAAACUGCCGGCUAUCUAGCACCGCAACCACCACCACCAGCAUCUGCAGCUGGUGCUGAAAUGAACGGUACAGCGCCGGUUAUGCCACCAGCUGGAAAGGGCAGUGCACCAUUGGCACCAAUUGGCCCAGUCACUGCAGCUUCACAACAAUUGCAAGCAAUUCCAACGCAAAUACCUUUGUUGUCGGACAAUACUUCAGCAAAAAAAAGUGGAGCAGUGGCAUGGCUCAAUUCGAUAGCAACGGUGUUGUUGCCAUUAUUUGUUGCUUUUUUUGGGAAUGCAUUAAGUGCGUGAAACCAUAAAUGGCAUGAAAAAGCAUAAAACGUGAAAAGACCGUAAAGUAAGCAGCUAAAAAUAGUAAAAAAAAAUCGAUAAUCUUAGUAAAUUGUGACAACAACAAAUUGGAAUAAAUGUUAUGGAAUUCACAUACCUCUUUUUGUAACAUAUAUUCUCUUACUUUUGCAUAAUGCUUCGAAUCUGUAGAAUCUCAGCAUAUUUUACAAUGAU